AUGAUUCAAUCCUAAAGAUAUGGGUAGCUAAUCAAUUAAUACAUGUAUGUAAUCGUGAUAUUGUAAAGGUUUAGCGAUAACUUGAUUAGUGUUGAGUGGCAGGCAGUGUGGGUGCUGGUCCUGCAAGAUGCAGGUUGUGAUACUCCUUGUGGUGUUGGCGUGCUCGGCCGCAGCCAACGAAGACCUUUACGAGCUCAACAUUAUACACUACAAUGAUUUUCAUGCGCACUUCGACGAGAUAAGCCCAUCAGGAGGAGUAUGCCAGCCUGAUGUGGAACCUUGUAUCGGGGGCUUCGCCCGUCUCUACACGGCAAUACAACAAGCGAGGCAAGUGGAACCAGACUCCCUGCUCCUCAACGGGGGGGACACCUUCCAGGGCACCAUCUGGUACAACUUCCUCAGGUGGAAUGUCAGCCAGCACUUCAUGAACAUGCUGCCUCAUGACGCUCAUGUUCUAGGUAACCACGAGUUUGACCACGGCGUAGAAGGUCUAGUGCCUUACUUGGAACAUCUGAACGCGCCGAUGCUUGGUGCCAACGUGAACACUGAGUUGGAACCGACCAUGACGCCUUACAUCAAGAACCACGUUAUCGUGGAGAGGAAGAAUCGGAAGAUUGGUAUCAUUGGAGUACUGCUGCAACAGUUCUCAGCUCCUAUUGGUCAAGUGAAGAUGGAGGAUGAGCUGGAGGCGAUUAACCGCGAGGCGGCCAUACUCACGGAGGCGGGAGUCGACAUCAUAGUCGUGCUGUCCCAUGUCGGAUACACGAGCGAUAUGUGGUUAGCGGAGCGUGUGUCUCCAACCGUGGACAUAAUAGUGGGCGGCCAUUCCCACACGCUGCUGUACACUGGGCCCACGCCCAACGGUGAUACUGCACUUGGAGAAUAUCCCACUGUUGUACAGCAAGCUAAUGGACAUCGGAUCCCGAUAGUGCAAGCAUCGUGCUACACUCGGUAUCUGGGCAACAUAAAGUUCUAUAUCAACGCGCAAGGAAAGGUCGAGAGGUGGCACGGAGAACCCGUCUUCCUCGGCUCGUCCAUCGUGAAAGAUGAAAGAAUAUCAGAGUUAUUGGAACCAUGGCGUGUGGAGGUGGACGCUGUGGGUAAGGAGGUGCUGGGAGAGUCUCGCGUGUCGCUGAGUCGCUCGCGUUGCUCCAGUGAAGAAUGCAACCUCGGCAGCUGGGCCUGCGACGGGUUCCUUGAAGAGAUGAUACCUCACGCUCAGGGCUCGAACUGGAACAACGCUCACGUGUGUUUAAUCAACACUGGGGGACUUAGAACCCAUAUCAUCGCUGGAAACGUGACAACGGAAGCGUUGUUAAUGGCGAUGCCGUUCGAGAACUACGUCCAGGUUUACGAGCUGGAGGGCAAGUACUUGCAGGAGGCGCUCGAGUUCUCCGUCGGGGUCAACUGGAGCGACAGCUUCUCUAGUGGACGCAUGCUGCAGAUUGGAGGUAUGCGCAACGUUAUCCACGCGUCGAGGCCGAUAGGGUCGCGAGUGUCUGCGACAGUACGUUGCAUAGACUGCGACGUGCCGCGAUACUUGCCCCUCGACCCCAACGCCACCUACCGGGUGCUCUCUCAAAACUACAUCGGUGACGGCGGCGGUGGAUACACGAUGAUAUCUGAGAACAGGAAGAACCUGCAGACUUGGGAAAUCGACUAUGUAAUGCUGCAACGGUACAUGAGGCGGCAGGGCGUCGUUACCAAGGACGUAGACGGGAGAAUACAGAUUGACUAUGAUGAUUAGUGAUACCUACACCUAACUUAUUAUUUUUUACAUUUAUUAUAAAAUAAAAUA